GCGCCCAGAGGUGAAUUUUGCUGUGGUUCAAGCUUUCUUGUCGGAAAAGUAUGCUAAAAUUUCCACUUUAGUGCUGUAGAAAGUAUCAAAUAUCAUAAGUGCAGGGAGAAGGAACUGCCUGGAGCAUUCCGUGCCAUAGAAGAGUGCCUUUGUAGUGCCGCUGAAGGAGAGUUAUGAGAGGUUUCUGUGAUAUAACCUACAAUUGUCGCUGGGAUUUCGUUUGUGCAUCACAAUUUUGAGAGAACGUUAGGAAAAUGGGAAUAAUGAAUCCGCCUGAAAUGAGUGUGUUUCAGGGCGCCUCCAGCAUUCAGGUUGCCAAUAAUAAUACAAUAGAUGAGGAGGAAGAGGAGGAACAGGAGAGGAGGCGACAUAACUUGGAAAUUCAGGAAGCUCUGGAUGUGAUGUUUGAAGAUGAGCACCCGGACGAGUCUGGACAGUUUGUUCACCCACCGUCUGGUCAGGGGGUAGCGAGGGGUGACUGGCUGAACAGUCAUCCCAUGCAGCAGGACCAUUAUUCCGGAGGAGACGAAGGUCAGUUGGCGCGCGUGUUCGAAAUCAAUGCCCAAGAGACAUAUCAGCUGAAAAACACCCUGGCCAAUGAAGUGAAGGUGCGUGACCAGGAGAUUGACAAGCUGCAGAAGUGUCUGGCCAUUGCGAAUGCCGAGAAGGAGCGUGCCAUAAUGACACGGUCGCAGACCAACGAAUUGCUGAUCGAGAGCAAGGCCAAGUGCUCAGAGUUGAACUCCACCGUGGCCAGACUCCAAUCGAAUGUGCAGGAGCUGCAGAAGAAGAAUUCAGACAUGCUGGUGGAGAUUGAGAACACGAAUCGCAUGCUCAAGGAUUCAGAGAUGCAGCUCCGACUCGCAGAGAAUAACGCUCUGCGCCGAAAGGAGCAACUUCGGGACUCGGAUAGGAGGAAUGCUGAGGUGGAACUGCUGCAGCAGCAGGUGAAUGGCCUGCUGAAGAAGGUGGAUGAUCGUGAGAUGAGCUUGAGCACGAUGGAGAAGAAGUACAGGGAAUUGGAGAGGAGUCGCGAGGCGCUGCUUGUGGACAAGACGGACACGAUAAAUGAUCUCAUGCGCUCGCUGGGGGAGACUCAGGAGCAGUGCAAUGAUCUCCUGAGUCGUCCCGAUCUCAGCCAUGAGAAUUUCCAGUUGAGACAAAGUGUGGCAGCUCUUGAGAAGCAGGCCGAAGAGAUGGAGAGGCGAAUCAAGAGGCUCACAAAGGAGUUGGAGGACAAGACAGAGACUCGAUUUCUCGACUCGGACAAACAGCUCGUGAGCAGCACACCUCUGACGACAGACGCCAAGUAUCUCAACGUGCGGCAAGAGCUUUAUCGCGCCUUGGCGGAUCUCAAGGAGAAGCGCGAGGAUAUACGGAAGUUGCAAGAGGAUGUUGCUGCAAAGAGCACUGAAAUUGCAACUCUAAAACAGGCAAACAAUGAUUCCCUGAUAAAGAUAGCCGAAAGCGAAAAUGAGAUCAUGAGAUUGACUGAGAAAGUGCGUCUGUAUGAGAAUGAAUCGGAGGAGAAUUGGAAGAUGAAAGAGGAGGGAUUGUCCGAGGUGGCCCAGAAUUUCGUGAGAGAGUCUCAAAUGGAGAUUGAGAAGCUCAAGAAUGAAUAUUGUUCACUCUCGUCGGCCAAGAAUGAUCUCGUGCGUGAAUUGAAUGCGCUCAAGUCGCAGGAUUUCGUGAAAAAUCUCGAGUGUCUCCAGGAUGAGUUUGACGAUGUGAAGAAGAGUCUGCAAGAGAGCGAGGAUGUCAUCAAGGAGAAGGAUAAAGUAAUUGAGAGGCAGAAAUGGGAGCACGAGAAGGAGAUGGCGAAGCUGAAGGAGAAAUUUGAGAAAGAGAAACUCGAAUGUGUCACGAAACGGCGAUCAUUGAAGAAUGAUUCUCGUGAUUGCAGCAAUUGCCUCAAUCAGAUGGCUGAUAUCACGAGGCAGGAAAUUGAGAAUAUUCAACUGCAGAAGGACUGUGCCAAUUACUUGCGUGAAAUCAAUCAUCUCAAGUCUGAACUGAAGGAAUCCACGGAGACUGUGAAUGACCUGCACGCGCGACUGGGACUGAAGGAGGAGCAGAAUCGCGUGAUUGCCGAUCUGAAAGAGCAGGCGGCGAAAUUUGGGGAGUACAUAAAAAAUUGCAGUUCCACUUCGACACCACAGAAGGUGGAUUCUCGCGACGCCAGCGUCUCCACGUCGCCAGACAUGGAGGGAUUCAGUAAUCCGGCGAUGUACGAUCAGUACGCCAAGGUGUACGCGGAGGAGAUGAAGAAGAUGGAGAUGCAGUUCAGGGAGAAGGAAUUGCAGGCGGAGGAGACAGUGAAAAAGCUCGUGGCCUACAGGGAUGAGAUGCAGAAGGUGUUCGAGGAGAAAGUUCACAUGUUCAAGGUGGUGAUCUUGUCGGAGAGGAAGGAGUUCGAGAGAUUGAUCAGUGAGAAAGAGUUUGAGAGUCAGCGCUCCACAGAGGAGCACAGCAAGAUAGUCAACAAGUACAAACAGGACCUCAGUGUGCUGAAGGGCCAAGCCGAGGAGCUUCGGCACGUAGUGAAGGAGCUGAAGGAGCAGAACGAGAAGGAGAAGAAUGCUGUGAUGGAGCUCAUGAGGGAGUGGAGUGCCGAGAAGGAGAGUGUUAAGGUGCGGGAGAUGAAGAUGCAGAGACUGAUCGAUGAGACGGCCAAGAAGUACGACUCGGCGAAGGAAAAGGCGGAAAAUUAUAAGAAGUACGCUGAGGCCCAGGAUGUUCACAUGAAGAAGGAGUCAGAGAGGAUUCGGUCUUCAUAUGAGGCGUACAAAGUCAAGAUUGACGAACGUCUGGAGGCUCUGAAGGUCUAUUAUGCAAAAUUGACUGACGAGAAAGUAGCUAAAAUUGAGGAGGAAUACAUGAGAAAAUUGGAAAUGCUCAAGAGGCCGUAAGCGGAUUACUUCACACCACCUGAUAAAUCACUAUUUUCCCUGUUGUUUUGUAAGCGAGAUAUUUUUGAUAAUAUUAACAUGAAGUAAGCUCUCUAUUAUAAA